AUGACACUGAUCAGAUUUGAUGAAGUCACGCUGGAAAUCGGUGAGCUGAAACUACUCACCGGGGUGAACUUUUCCAUGGAGUCCGACGAACGGGUUUGCCUGAUUGGCCGAAAUGGUGCUGGCAAAUCUACCCUGCUGAAGCUGAUUACCGGUGAGAUGGAGCCCGACAGCGGCGAGAUUGUGCGUAAGUCUGAUUUGCGAGUCAGUCAACUGCGCCAGGAUCUGGCAGAGGCGUCCGAUGUCAACGUGCGCGAUUUUGUGCGCCAGGGCAUGGCCAGCCACGAAACCCUCAUUCACCAGUAUCAAUCGCUGUCCGAUGCAACUCAGGAUAAACAUACGCUCAGGCAGCUCGAGGCGCUGCAACGACGGAUCGAAGCUGGCGCCGGCUGGAAUAUCGACCAGGCGGUGGACACCAUCAUCAGCCAGCUGGAUCUGCCGGCAGAGCUGGCCAUGGAUCGCCUGUCCGGGGGCUGGCGACGACGCGCCAGUUUGGGCCAGGCGCUGGUAUCGCAACCCGAUUUGCUGCUGCUGGAUGAGCCGACCAAUCACCUGGAUAUCUCCACCAUUGAGUGGCUGGAACAGGAAAUCCGUAACUACCCCGGCGCCGUGUUGUUUAUCUCCCACGACCGGGCCUUUGUCAGCCGACUGUCCAGCCGCAUCGCGGAGUUGGAUCGCGGCAUCAUUAACAGCUGGCCCGGCAACUAUCGGGAGUUCCUGGCAGCCAGGCACAAAGCCUGGCAGGACGAAGACAAACACAACGCAGAGUUCGACAAAAAGCUGGCCCAGGAAGAAACCUGGAUUCGUCAGGGAAUUAAAGCGCGGCGGACCCGCAAUGAAGGUCGGGUGCGGGCCCUGGAGGGCAUGCGUGAGGAACGCGCAGCGAGAAUUAAGCGCCAGGGCAAAGCCAAGGUGCAUAUCAGCGAGGCAGAAGUUUCCGGUCGCAAGGUGAUUACCGCCAAAUCGGUGAACUUUCAGUACGGCGACACAAAGCUGGUGCAGGACUUCAAUCUGAAAAUGCAGCGUGGUGAUCGUAUUGGUCUCAUCGGUAACAACGGCGUAGGCAAAAGCACGCUGCUUAAGCUGAUGUUGGGGGAGCUUGAACCUCAGUCAGGCACCGUAAAGCUGGGUACCAAUUUGAAAGUGGGUUAUUUCGACCAACACCGGUCCGCAUUGGACCCCGAACGCACCGUUGCAGAGACCGUUGGCGCAGGUCAGCAGUACAUAAAACUUAAUGGCAAAGAACGCCACGUGGUGGGCUACAUGGUGGACUUUCUGUUCAGCGCCAAACGCGCCAUGACGCCGGUCAAAGUGCUAUCUGGUGGUGAGCGUAACCGGGUACUGUUAGCGCAGAUCUUCACACAGUCCGCCAAUCUGCUGGUGAUGGACGAGCCGACCAACGACCUGGACGUGGAAAUGCUGGAUGCACUGGAAAGCCGGCUGCGGGCAUUUGAAGGUACGUUAAUUGUGGUCAGCCAUGACCGGGAAUUUUUGGACAAUGUGGUGGAUCGGGUCCUGGUGUUUGAGUCCGACGGCAUGAUUCGGGAGUACGUCGGCGGCUACAGCGAUUGGCUGCGUCACCGCCGCUCGCUGGCCGAGUCAGACAGCCCAUCAGGGGCCAUCGUUGAGCAGGACGACAACGUCGGUGACAAAGUGGUCGUCAGCAGCGCGCCGGCGCGCAAGAAACUGAGUUAUCGACUGCAGCGCGAGCUUGACGCACUCCCUGACCAGAUCGAAACGCUAGAACGCAGCCUGUCAGAUUUGCAGACCAAGGCCACAGAAGCGGCUUUCUAUGAAUCGGAACUGAGCAAACAGACUGACACAUGGAAUCAGAUAAAAUCGUUGGAGGUAGAGCUGGCCCAUCAGAUGGAUCGGUGGGCGGAACUGGAGGACAUGCCCGGGGAUAAGGUCAAUCUGGUAGACCUCAGCGACAUACUGGUGGGAGCGGUUGCCAACGGCGCGUCAGUAGGCUUUAUGGCGCCAUUGUGCGCUGUUGACGCACAACAGUUUUGGCAACGCACCCUUAGCCAGCUGGGACCAGGGCUACGGCUGUGGACCUAUGGCCGUGACCGCCAGAUCGUAGGCACCGUGCAGUUGCUGCCUUGCCUGAAAGCCAACGGGGGUCAUCGGGCAGAGGUGGUAAAACUGCUGGUCCAUCAGCAAUGGCAGCGCCGCGGAAUCGCCCAGGCGCUGCUGCAUGUAGUGGAGCGCGCCGCGAGAGCCAGCGACAUACGCCUGCUCGUACUGGACACCUUGUCUCACUCCGGCGCCGCCCAGUUUUACCAACAAGCCGGGUGGGUCAUAGCUGGCAACGUACCUGACUACGCAUUGACCCCUGACGGCGCUCCAUCGCCCACCAGCAUUUUUUAUCGAACCCUGAACUGA